GAGACUCGCUACAUGCAUCCCCGCAUCCAUGUUCCCAAAUCGACUCAUUUGAAUAUCGCCUUUGCAUAUGCUCAGGAACCUGCUCAUCAUCCACGCUUUGUGAACAUGAUCCGAAUGGAGCCACGGUCCUUUGCUAUGCUCGUUCAACUCAUCCAAAAUCACACCAUCUUCCAAAGCAAUGGACGUCGUCCGCAAGCACCUGUUGAAUGGCAGCUCCUGAUCACGCUCUACCGACUUGGGCAUUAUGGAAAUGGUGCUUCUGUCAUGGACAUUGCCCGCCAGGCUGGCUGCUCUGAAGGGACCGAGACUGAGGUUGAGAAGAUUUGGGUGGAACAGCAUGUCGGGCUUGGUGGUCUAUGGAGAGAAGGUUGGGUUAUGUACGAUGGCACAAUCAUCGUCUUAUUUGAGAAGCCUGGUUUGGAUGGUGAAGCAUACUACACCCGAAAAGGUAACUACGGUCUGAACUUACAGGUUGGAAAUGUACCAUCUAACCUA